UCUGCCUAAAGAAUUGGGCCAAUUGCAUCGUUUGAGGAUCAUUCGAUUAAGCUACAACCGUCUUAAUGGGGAAAUUCCAUCAUGGCUUGGGAACUUACACAGAGUUCGAAGGUUGCAAAUGGAAAAUAAUAACAUUUCAGGCACAAUCCCUCAAACACUUGUUAACAUGUCCAAUCUAGAGAUCUUGAAUAUGGGAUUGAAUCAAUUAUCUGGCUAGGCUCCAUCUUCCAUCUUCAAGAUUUCUUCUCUGAAGUUUAUUAGUCUCUUCAGAAAUAGCCUAUCAGGUAGUUUGCCUAAUGAUAUGUGUCGACAUCUUCCCAAGCUUGAAGUGCUUCAUUUGAGUUUGAAUAGAUUAUCCGGUAGCAUUCCAUCAAGUUUAGGCAAAUGCAACAACCUUAAAUAUUUCUCAUUGUACUUCAAUCAAUUUACGGGGAUCAUUCCAAAAAGUAUUGGAAAUCUGACUAGACUUGAAGAAUUAGAUUUGGGGUUGAAUAACUUAGAAGGUAGUUUGCCUAAUGCUUUGUGUCACCUUUGUCCCAAGCUUGAAGGGCUUUACUUGGAUGCAAAUGAAUUAUCUGGUAAUAUUCCAUCAAGUAUAGGUGAAUGUUACAAGCUUCAGAUGCUAAGUUUAUUAGAAAUUAAAUUCAGUGGGCUGAUUCCGAAAAGCAUUUUUAAUUCAACUAUGCUCGAAGGAAUAUAUCUAUAUGACAACAAUUUGGAAGGUACCUUGCCACCCAUGAUCGAGGCUCCAAAGCUGAAUGUUCUUUCGUUGCAUCGAAAUAAACUUCGCGGAAACAUUCCCAACUCUAUCUUGAAUGCUUCCAUGCUUAAGCUUCUAGACUUGGGAGAUAACUUCUUCUCCGGCCCAAUUCCUGAAACGUUUGGUAACUUACGACACCUUGAAUGGUUCCGAAUAGCAAACAACUAUUUGACCAUGGGAUCUACUAUAAAUCAUGAGUGGACCUUUCUUUCUUCUUUGACAAAUUGCAAGAAUUUGACAAGAGUAGAUAUUUCAGAAAAUCCUUUGAAUGGCACUCUUCCUACUAAUAUUGGGAACCUUUCAGCAUCCCUUAUAUACUUUUACGCUAUUGAUUGUGAGCUUAAAGGCAAUAUUCCAAUAGAAAUAGGUAACUUAAGCAACCUAUUACUUUUACAACUUGACCAUAAUAAAUUAAGUGGUUUUAUUCCGACAUCAAUUGGAGGAAUGAAAAAUUCUAGAUCUUUCCUCAAAUAAAUUAGGAGGACCUAUCUUAAAAAGCCUCGUGGUUUGGAGAGACUAUACGAGAUGUUUUUAGGGUUGAAUAAGCUGGAUGGAUCCAUACCCUCUUGUUUGGGUAAUAUUACUUCUUUGAGAUAUCUUUAUUUAAAUUCCAACAAAUUGAGUUCGGCAAUACCCUCAACUUUGUGGAAACUUAAACAUAUAUUAGAAGUAGAUUUAUCAUCAAUCUGCCUUAACGAUUCACAUGCUCUUGAUGUUGGAGAUUUGAGGAGUCUGCUGAAACUAAAUUUAUCAAGGAAUCUUUUCACAGGAGAUAUCUUGUCCACAUUUGGAGGUCUUGAAACUUUGGUUUUAUUAGAUUUAUCAAAUAAUAUACUACAUGGUCAUAUCCCCGAAUCAUUUGGUGGUUUGGUUAGUUUGACAUUUUUAAAUUUAUGCAAUAACGAUCUCUCUGGAGUUAUUCCCAAAUCUUUGGAAAAGCUUUUAUAUCUAAAGUAUUUUAACGUGUCUUUCAAUAGACUUGAAGGGGAAAUUCCUACCAAAGGAUGUUUUCCAAACUUUCCGAGCACAUCAUUCAUGAAGAAUUAUGCACUUUGUGGUCCACCAAGAUUGCUAGUCCCACCUUGCAAAAAUGACAUCCGCAAAAAUUCCAAGAUGGGUGUAUUGCAUGAUUUAAGGUUCGGUUUACCAAUAAUUUGUAUUGUCAUGUUACUACUAGUCUUAGUUAUUAUGUAUAGAAGAUUCCGAAUUAGGAGUACAACUCUACCAAUUACGGAUGAUUCACUACGUUUGGGAACAUGAAGAAGAAUUUCACAUGACGAACUUUCACGGGCAACUAGUGGAUUUGAG